AUGUUUAAGCCUGUGAAAGGCCCUAAAGAGGGUCGAUCACCUCCAGGCUUACUAUACUCUGGAAACACGCAUGGACGCUUUUCAAAUCGCCAAAUUUCUCUGGCUCUUAUUGUAGCAGUAUGUUUAUUCAUGGGCUACUUUGUAUACAGUUCAGAUGGAGGCACAAUUUCUUCAGUUCCGACGACAGUAUCAGCAGGUAAACCUGGGUCUGGCGGUCUUGGCGAUGCCAUUCUAAACGAAAACAUUCGUGCACCCCCUGCUGAUUCAAAUGUCCAUGAGAUCAACGCUGAGAGAGGUGCAACCAACGAGAAGUCCAAAUACAGGACGUCCGAGGAUCCAUAUUCGGACGAUAAGCAGAAGGAUCAUGAUUUCAAGCCAAUCAAGGAGCCGCUUGAUCAAGUAUAUCAACAGCCAGCCAAGGUACCGUCGAUCGAUGAUAUUGAGAAACAGAAGCAGGACACUGAAGAGGAUCACGAUGCCCCUGGCAAGCCGAAAGGAUGGCGACCUCAGGAUAACGCGAAAUCGAGUCAAUUCAAGUCCGACAAGUCGGCGCCAGCACCACCUCGUGAGAAGUGGUCUGACAGACCUGAAUUCGAAAAGUCUCUCACGAAAGUACUGUCUUUGUUACCUGAUGAAGUACAUAUGCGUGAGUUGAUUCGACCAGUCGAAGGCUCAGGCAAGGAGAAAAUGCGUGAGAUGGGCUUGAGGACCCGGGCCUACAGGAAGUACUUCGAGGCCUGGGAAGCGCUCCACAUGACAACAGACUCGGAAGGUGCCACAUACAUACGAGACGACGUGAUACCUUACAUGCGGAGUCACCAACAAUCACUUGAAACUAGUGAAUUCUCUGAUGAAGGUGUUGAUGGCUUAAAUCUUGCCACAACCAUCCGCCAAUACGAGGCCUACAGAGUUUUCAUGGUGAAAUUCGCACAUUUACUCUUUCCUUGGACUGCGCCAUAUUUUGCCGACCAUAUGACUCUUCAUGCUUCGAUCAAGAAAGGUGGAAGGGGUAUUGUUCUGACUGCUGGUGAUGAUCAGGCUCCCUACCUCCUGACUACGAUCUACUCUUUCCGACAAUUGGGCUGCACCUUACCGAUCGAAGUCAUGUACUUGGGUGACCAGGAUCUAGGAGAGGAUUAUCGGGCUGAACUUGAGGCGCUCCCAGGUGUGAUCACGCGAGAUAUUGCUCAGAUGACCAACGAUGCAGGCUGGGCACUCAAGGGUUGGGCUGCGAAGCCAUUCGCAAUUCUGCUUUCCAGCUUCCGAGAAGUCAUCUUUAUUGAUGCCGACUCUCUCUUCUUCAGGAACCCAGAAGAUCUUUUCGAGGAGCGCGACUACAAAAGAACUGGUGCAUUGUUCUUCAGGGAUCGACUGAUCAUGCCUGAGAACAAGAAGCGAUGGCUGCAACAAGUCCUGCCCAAGCCUAUUCCAAAACUGGCCAAAGAGUCGCGAAUGUGGACCGGAGAGUCAGGUCAUAUGCAGGAAUCAGGUGUGGUGGUAGUCGACAAGUGGAAGCAUUUCAUUGCAAUGAUGUUGAUUACGAGGUUUAACGGACCGGAUCGUGACGGCAACAAGGAGAAGGGUAUUACUGGAGUGUAUGAUAUGAUGUAUGGUGAUAAAGAGACCUUCUGGAUCGGCUUCUUACUUGCUGGUGACGAGAACUAUGCGUUCCACAAAGGUGAUGCAGGUAUCAUGGGAGAGCUAGGCGACCACCGUAAAGAGCUCAAGAAGAGCAAGCGAGAUGAACCUCAUGAUGAGCAGGACGAGCACAAGGACGAGCACGAUGACCAUAAAGAUGAGGGCGAGAAGAAAAAGACUUCGGAUGAGACAUCGAAAGCCGAAGGCAAAUCAGAGGAAGUAGAAGCGUCCUCAUCGUCAGAUGAUCAGGAGGUUUUGUUGGAGACUCACGAAGAGCCCACGAACUAUACAAUCUGCGCGCCACAAUUGCUCCAUUUGGACGAAGCAGGAAAGCCAUAUUGGUUCAAUGGUUGGCUUCUACACAACAAAUUUGCUGACAAACACAAGAAAAGGUUCGCCAAGUUCGACUACUACCUCAUUGAACCAAAGGAAGUCCGAGAACCUGGUGCGUGGCAGCUGGCGGAAAGUAAUAUGUGUUGCCUGACUACGGAUGCUGACAAGAUGUUCGAGUUCUCGACUAAAGAGAAGGACAUUAUGAAGAUGAUCAUGGAAAGAGCAAAGGAGAUGGGUAUGGGAGACCAAACAUAA